AUGGCACAUCAAGCACACGCAUACCAUAUAGUCGACCCAAGCCCUUGGCCCCUCACAGGAGCAGUUGCGGCCCUGCUGAUAACUUCAGGGCUGGCAAUCUGAUUUCACUUUAACUCAACGACAUUAAUAGUACUCGGAACAAUUCUUCUGCUUCUCACAAUAUAUCAAUGAUGGCGUGACAUUGUUCGAGAAGGGACUUUCCAAGGCCAUCAUACUCCCCCUGUACAAAAAGGCCUCCGAUAUGGUAUAAUCCUAUUUAUUACUUCAGAGGUCUUCUUCUUUUUAGGCUUUUUCUGAGCUUUCUACCAUUCAAGCCUUGCUCCCACCCCUGAAUUAGGAGGCUGCUGACCCCCCACAGGAAUCACGACCCUUGACCCUUUCGAAGUGCCCCUUCUGAACACAGCUGUCCUACUCGCUUCUGGCGUAACUGUUACCUGAGCUCACCACAGCAUUAUAGAAGGCGAACGCAAAGAAGCCAUUCAGUCUCUUGCGAUAACGAUUCUCCUUGGACUAUACUUCACAUUUCUCCAAGCAUUGGAAUACUAUGAAGCCCCUUUCACAAUUGCAGACGGGGUUUAUGGGUCUACCUUCUUUGUCGCAACCGGUUUCCACGGCCUACACGUCAUUAUUGGUUCUUCUUUCCUAGCUGUUUGCUUCUUCCGACAAAUUCAAUUCCAUUUCACAUCUGAGCACCACUUCGGAUUUGAAGCUGCUGCAUGAUACUGACAUUUUGUAGACGUUGUAUGAUUAUUCCUAUACAUCUCUAUCUAUUGAUGAGGCUCUUAA